UCUCUCCUUUCCUCUCUCUCUCUCUCUCUCUCUUUCUCUUUAUUGUUCAUUAGACAGUUGCACGCGCAAGUAAAUUGUAUCAGCUGUUUUCUUGUAUAUGUGUACAUACAGGAUCGUACGUGAUAAUAUGAUAAUUAUCAUUUCUAUAUAUCGUUAUACUAUGAAACAAACGGCUCUAUCUUAAAAAAUGCGUUUAUCUCAAAAAAUUAUAAAACUUUUUUGUUUAAGAGCGAAACUACCUUACGAUAUUAUCUUAAAUAUAGACUUAUAUCUGGUUUUAUUAUUUAUUAUUAGAGAUUAUUGUUCUAUAGUAUCUUUGUUUUGCGAUAUCUUUCUUUCUAUGUCGGCCAUUUUAAUGGACGAUACAAUUUCAUCGUCAAUAUAUUGUAGUAGUUGCAUUUUAAAUUUAUUAUUGCAUCGAAGAUUUUUUACUAUUUUAAUAAAUCUCGUUAUAAUAUAAUCUUUAUAUACAGAAGAUGGACGAAGAUCUAUUUUCUUCAUUUUAUAUUAAUUCGAAAGUGAUAUUGUAUUUUAUUAUAGAAGUUAUAUUUAUUGUAGUAGCUAUUGGGACACAGUAUGAAGAUAGGCUCAUUUUAACGAUAUGCAAUAUAUGUUGCAUUGUAUCAAUACUUAUUAUAAUGCAUAUAUUGUGUGAUUUGAUAAUACAAUUGUUAAAGAAAAAUUUGAGAUUGAAGGAGGUAAAGUUGUCACUUCAAUAUAUAAUUACUAUUGGGACAUGUACUAUCUUUAUUAUUAUACAAACAAUUGUUAAAGGAUUUUCUUAUACUUGGACAUACAACAAUAUAGCAUAUAUAUGUUUAUAUUGUUUUGUAAUUAUGCAGUUUAAAAUACGUGAUUUAUUUCAAAAAAAUUUAGAUAUAAAUGUUAUUAAUAUGAGUGGACUGGAUUAUGGAAGUGGAAUGGCUUAUAGUUAUUAUUAUGGUUAUUUGAGAAUUAUUUUACCAUCCACUGGUACAAACACUAAAGGCAUAUAUGAAAAAUUAGAAAAUUUUGAAGACAUUCAUAAUGUUACUAUUUCAGUAAAAAAAUUGUUUAUUCUAAUACCAUUUUCAACAUAUAUACCUCCAGAUUUAAAAAGUCUUUCAUAUGAAUGGAUGGAAAAUACACAAGAAUUAGAACAAGAAGUAAGAAACAGAGCUGGAAUCAUAAAUCGAUCUUAUCAUAACAACAUAUAUAAGAUUUAUCCUAAUGGACCCAAGAGUCGUAAUAAACCAGAAUAUGUUGCAGUUGAAGGUGCAACACCUUUACUAACAUUUUUUGAAGUACAAAAACAUUUUCAUCCAGAAUCUGCAAUAUAUAAAAAAUACAGUAAACAGAUAAUACAAACAUUUUAUCUUAAAUUAAAAGAAUUGAUAUAUAAUGAUCUAGAUUGCAGAGAUGUAUGUGAAUUGAUUUAUUACAAUGAUUACAAUUCUGAUGGGACUAAGGUAAAUAUUGCAGAAGUUAUUCUCGAAAGGAUAUCAACACUAAAAGUUUUAAAAUACACAUAUACUGAUUAAAAAUAAUUAUAUAUAACGUUAUAUGAAAUCCUGUUAUCCAGAUAAAAAUAAAAAAUAAAAAUAUACAUAUUUUUAAAACAGAUAGAAUUUAUCUCUCAUGUAAGAUAUUGAAAUUUGUAAUAUGAUUUAUGAUAUGAAGUUAUAAUGUGUAUGUUUAAAUAAAAUACUUGAAAUC